AUGCUUUAAAGGGGCUUCCCUGGGUACAUCAACUUUUGUCUGAGAAUAGGGGUUCAGAGUCAGCCAGCACAGUGCCAAGUCCUCUGCUUCUACACGACAUGUCCAAGUUGGAGCGAAGUGUGGUGUCCCUGGUGGAACUCUUCGAGCAAUACGCAGGGCAGGAUGAACACAAGAACCAGCUGAGCGCUGCUGAGCUCAAACAGCUGCUGGAGAAGGAGCUGACCUGCCCGGAGUUCAAGAAAAAGAUUAACGCAGAGGAGGUACAGGAGGCCAUGGAGAUGCUGGACAAGAAUCACGAUGGAGAGAUAAAUUUCCGCGAGUUCUGCCAGUUUGUGGGAAUGCUGGCUAAGGGAUACUUCAAGCAGAAGAGGUGUGGCAAAAAUGACAGAAGAAGAGAAGACAAGUCAUAAAGGUUGUGGGCUCGUGUCUCAAAUGCAGUCAUGCCAAACAAGACACAUGUAUCUAUGCAUAUAGACAGCACUGACACAAAAACACUACAAACACUCUGGACUGAGUCAU